CGUCUUCCACAAUGUCCGCUGCUCAGAAACUCCAGCAACACCCUGUCUUCGUCCAGGCCCAGAACAAGGCCUCGUUCUACGUUAACCAGCUCGACAAGGAGCUCACCAAGUACCCCGUCCUCAACAACCUCGAGCAACGCACCCAAGUCCCCAAGGCAUACGCUGUAAUCGGCACGCUCCUUCUCGUCGUCGUCCUCCACACCUUCAACGCACUCGCUGCACCUGUCUCAAAUCUCGUCGGUUGGGGCCUCCCAGCAUACCUCUCCUUCAAGGCUAUCGAAUCCCCCUCUCCUCACGAUGACGUUCAGUGGCUCACCUACUGGGUCGUCUUCGGUUUCUUCAACUUCUUGGAGAGCUUUGCCCUCCGAUUGGUCCUCUACUACGUCCCCUGGUACUUUGCCUUCAAGUCCGCAUUCAUCGUCUGGCUCCAACUCCCUGCCUUCCGCGGCGCACAAAAGAUCUACUUCACCGCCUUGAAGCCCAUCCUCCAGAACAUCAGCUCUCAAACCAAGGUCGUUGCUCCCACCACCAGCACCAACGCUGAGCAGUCCGACUGAAUUGGGAGACGCCGGACGUUUCGGGCUAGGGUAAGACGUUGGUUGUCUGUCUCUGAUUAGACAAACUCCAGCGUCUGUACCGUCCUUUUCUAUCUUUCGUCUUGUCGUCCGUUCUUACCUAUGAUAAUUCACUCUUAUCUCGGACCCUUCUCAUCUCUGACUUGCCCUUUUUCGUACCCCUUCGUCCGUUUUCCCCACCCACCAUAGAGCCUUACCGUACGUCCCCUUCCCGUACUUUCCGUCCCUAUUAGUCGUUUUGUGAACCUAUUCUUCGGGUCUGUUUUCGACUGACACCUUCCACGAAUUGUAUGUACAGAUGCCAAUGUCCUCACGAAUAGCUAAUGAAACGACGUCCCUCCCA